AUGAGAGCGUUCACAGUUCUGGUUCUGGCAACGGCAUUGGUGCUGGCUUCCGCCGCCUUUGUGCCUAGCACCAGCCAAGUUAAGUACGCUGACAAAGAGUGGUUGCAUAAACAGGAGGAUUUGCUGCUGCUCUUCCGUCAUUUGUAUCAAAAGGAUUGGAAUCCGCAGUUGGUGGCCUACGCAAAAAAUUUCGCAGUAAAGAGUAGUUUUCAUCUGUACAACAAUGUGGAUGCUGUGAAGGAAUUCUGGACUUAUUAUGAGCAUGGUUUGCUACCGAAGGGUGAAGUGUUUUCCGUAUUCAACGAGGUACAUCGUGAGCAAGCCGUGGCAUUGUUCCACCUAUUCUACUAUGCAAAAGAUUGGGAUACAUUCUACAAAAGUGCUGCUUGGGCUCGCUACUACGUGAACGAGAAUAUGUUUGUCUAUGCACUGACCGUAGCCGUCACCCAUCGGGCCGACAUGGCCGGCUUUAUUCUUCCUGCACCGUACGAAAUUUAUCCAUACUACUUCGUGAACACUGAAGUUAUACAACAAGCUCAACAAUACAAAAUGCAAGGAUACCACGGAAUGAAGAAGGUCGGCGAUGUAUACACCGGUGUUAUCACCACUAACUACACUGGCUGGUACAUCCACACUAAUCCUGAACAAAAAAUUUCCUACUUCACCGAAGACAUCGGAUUGAACACCUACUACUACUAUUUCCACGUUGACUAUCCAUUCUGGUUGGGUGGAAAAGAGUUCGGCUUGUACAAAGAUCGUCGAGGAGAACUGUAUCUAUACGAACAUCAGCAGAUUCUAGCCCGUUAUUACCUGGAGCGCCUCUGCAAUGGUCUCGGCCACAUUCCGGAGUUCUCUUGGUACUGGCCCGUGGAGACUGGUUUUUACCCCGAUCUACAAUAUUAUAAUGGUCAUCCUUUCCCGAGUCGUGACAAUUAUCACAUCGUAAAUCAGGAAGCAACAUACCAUGAAAUUCAAAUGGUCGAAGAUUAUGAGCGUCGAAUUCGCGAUGUAAUCGACCGUGGUUUCCUAGUUCUACCUGAUGGUAAAAAGGUUAAUUUCAGUGAUCCCAUGGCAGUCGAUGAUCUUGGAAAUGUAAUCCAGAGCAACCCCGAUUGCUAUGACAGUCGUUUCUACAAAUAUUUGAGCAUGUUCUCUCGUAUCAUCAUGGGUGCUGCAAUUGUGCCUGUUGAACCGUAUCAAGUGAUUCCAAGUGCUCUGGAACAUUUUGAAUCAUCGCUUCGCGAUCCAGUGUUCUAUCAGAUUUACAAACGCAUCAUCCACUAUUACUAUCAGUUCAAAGAUCACCUUCCACCAUAUACCUACGAGGAGCUAUACUUCCCCGGCGUUAAGGUGGAUGACGUGUACGUCGAUAAACUUGUUACCUAUUUCGAUAAGUUCGAUUUGGACAUUACCAACGCUAUCGACAUCGAGCCCGAGCACGACGUUACAAAUAAAUACGACGGAUUUGGAGAGAUCGAGUAUAAACCGGACCCGGUUGUAAUAAAAGCGCGCACAGUUCGACUGAACCACAAGCCUUUCAGCUACAAAAUGAGCGUAACCUCGGAAAAGACUGUCAAAUCGGUAAUUCGAGUAUUCAUCGGUCCCAAAUACGAUGAGUUUGGAACAGUCUACCGUCUAAACGAAAACCGUGAAAACUUCUACGAAUUGGAUUAUUUCGUGUACGAUCUUGUAGCCGGCAAAAAUGUUAUCACUCGCAACUCGCUUAAUUUCAACGGUUACGUUAAGGAUCGUACUUCGUUCUACGAUCUGUACAAGCGCGUAAUGGUGGGUUACACAACGGAUGAAAAAUUCCCGCUCGAUAUGUCCGAAGCUCACUGCGGUUUCCCGAACAGGUUGAUGCUGCCGAAGGGCACCAAAGGUGGCAUGACGUUCCAAUUCUUCUUCAUCAUAUCACCGUACUAUGAACCGCAGGUUCAACAGUACACCGGCUUCGAUCCGGUUGUGUCUUGCGGUGUCGGUUCCGGUGCGCGCUACUUCGACAAAUUGCCUUUUGGAUUCCCGUUGGAUCGCAAGAUUGACGAAACCUACUUCCACGUACCGAACAUGUUCUUCGAAGAUGCGGUUAUCUUCCACAAAAAGGAAGUGGACACUGUUGUCGUUUGA